AUGCCCAGGAGGGGAGGUGACAAGCCAGGGGAAAGGAGCAGGAGGUUUCAGGCCCCUGGCACCAUCACUCAGGCCCGGGCAAUGCCAUCUCCAGCCAUGGCGCCCUGCGAGCCAGAAUCAGGUGCUGUUUUCACAUUUGGAAAAAGCAAAUUUGCAGAAAACAUUCCCAGCAAGUUCUGGUUCAAAAGUGACAAGCCUGUACACAUAUCAUGUGGAGAUGAACAUACUGCUAUUGUUACAGGAAAUGGUAAACUUUACAUGUUUGGCAGUAACCAUUGGGGCCAGUUAGGACUAGGAUCAAAGAAUACGGUCAGCAAACCAACAUGUGUUAAAGCUUUAAAACCAGAAAAAACGAAACUUGCUGUUUGUGGAAGAAACCACACUUUAGUUUACACAGAAAAAGGAAAUGUGUAUGCUGCUGGAGGUAACAGUGAAGGUCAGUUGGGAUUAGGUGACACAGAGGAAAGGACCACAUUUCAUUUAAUUAGUUUUUUUACCAACCAGCACAAGAUCAAACAGCUAGCAGCUGGAUCAUACACCUCAGCAGCAAUAACUGAGAGUGGACAGCUCUUUAUGUGGGGUGACAAUUCAGAAGGUCAGAUUGGCUUGGCUAAUGAAGCCAGUGUCUGUAUCCCUUGUCAAGUAGAUGUCGGAAAACCUGUUUCCUCAGUAUCCUGUGGCUAUUAUCACUCUGCCUUGAUAACAGGAGAUGGUGAGCUGUAUACUUUUGGAGAACCUGAAAAUGGGAAACUGGGAUUGUUGCCUGAGCAGCUGAAGAACAGUAGAGUCCCACAGCCUGUACCAGGGAUUAUGGAAAAGGUUAAUAUGGUUGCUUGUGGUGGAGGACACACCGUGGUGCUUACAGAGACAGAUGUAUAUACUUUUGGACUUGGACAGUAUGGACAGCUGGGACAUGGUACUUUUAUUUUUGAAACUCCUGUACCAAAGUCUGUGGAACAUUUGAGGAGGCAUAAAAUACGUAACAUUGCAUGUGGGGAAAAUCAUACUGCUGUAAUAGCAGAGAAUGGCCUUAUGUUUACUUUUGGAGAUGGGCGACAUGGCAAGUUAGGACUUGGAGAAGAGAAUUUUACCAAUCAGUUUGAACCCACUCUGUGUUCUAAUUUUUUGAGGUUCACAGUCCUUUUGGUUGCUUGUGGUGGUUGUCACAUGCUAGUUUUUGCUACUCCAAGGCCUAAAGGAUCUGAAGAAAUGCUCUUAGAAGAUUUGUAUGAAAACCGUUUGACUGCUACUAUCUCUGGAAUGAGCGGAGAUUUAUCAGUAACAAACACUUUACAACGAACAUUAUCAGCACGAAUGCGACGUCGAGAGAAGGAAAAGUCACCAGAACAGUUUAUUCGAAUGGUGCAAACCCUGCCUCCACUGGGAGAAAACUUUUUAAAAUCUCCAUUGCAUGUGACUAGCAACACUAGCCCACUCUGUUUUUCUGCAACAAGUCUUCCUAAUGCUAAGCCUAUGGAGUUGGACCAUGAAACAGAAAAAAAUCAUCAAAAAGAUAAACUCAGUGAAGGCUCUGCAGAAGAAGAUUCAGAUGAUGAAAAUAAUCACAGAAACCUUGGAGAUACAACUGACAUCCUAAAUAUGACACAUAUGAUAAAAUUGAAUCCCAGUGACCAGUCCUUAAAAUUAUCACCAAUCCAAAAACAAAAGAAGAACAAUAAAAAUGUGAAACUGAAAAGAGAUGGUAAGGGUGGGAUGCAAAACAUAGAUUCUAAUUUUGUGCAGAAGGGCUCAAAAUUAGACUCUAAUUCUUUACAAAAGCAGUCUUCACUUUCAGAGUCACUGGGACAGUAUGUAGACUUAGAAAAAAGUAGUGCCUUUGUAGGGAAGCCUGUGGCUGAUAAAAAAAACGUGACAGGUAGAUAUGAGCAUGCACGAAGCGUUGGUACUUUGAAAAGUGAUUUUCAACAAAUUGUUAGGGACAAAUGCAAACUAGUGAAAAGGAAAAAAGAAUAUUCAGAAAAUCCUGAAUCUGUUGGACAGGAAAUAGCUUAUGAUCUUUCCAGUGAAAAGCAAAUUCUAACAGAAAAAACAAGUUCUUCCAAUAAAAAGUCAAAAGUUGUUAAAUCUAAGCAAUCCCUUAAAAAAGAUAUACUUCCUUCUGCAUGCAGUGAUCAACCCCACACUGGUUCACUAGUUGUACAGAAAUACAAUCUUGUUAAAAAGCAAGGAAGUAAAGAAGCAGUAGAAUGGGAAAACAAAACAAAGAAUGGAAUUGAAAAAGCUGAUAAAUAUGAAAGAAUACUUGUCAGAGAGGAAGAAAGUAAUGAAGAACAGAGGGAGUUUAAAAAAAAGGAUCGAUUUUUGAAACAAAUAGCUGUAACUAUGUCAUCAUCUUCAAGUGAGGAAAGUAGUAAUGAACUUGCAAAAUUCAUGCUUAAGAAUAGGGGAAAAAAAGGAGACUACUAUGAAGACGAAGAUACCCAGAAGGCAACAAAAGAGGUGGAAAAUGUGAAAGAUUUGGACGUACAAGAAGAAGAUAGCGAGACUGAAGAGAAACAAGCAAAUAAUGAAAAAGAAUAUGUAGAAGAGACUGAUAUAAAAAGUCUGAAUGAGGAAGAAACAAAUUCUGAAGCUACAUCUGAUGAAAGCAGACAGUUAGAAGUUCAGAAUGAAGAGGAAUCUAAUCAAGAGCAGGAGAGUGAAGACAGUGAAAAGGCUGAAAGUGAAAAAGAAAAACUGGAUGAAAAAGUUGACAGUGAAGUUGAACUAAGGGAGGAAGAAGAAGAGAGUGAGGCUGAAAAAGAUAGAGACAGAAAUAUUUCAGUAGAAAGAGCUGAAGUUGAAAAGGAAAAAGAUAGUGAGGAAGAAAAUGAAAGAGAUGAAUCGCAGAUUGAAGGAGACAGUGAAAAUGAGGAUGAGGAAGGCAGAUUCACAGAGGAAGAAGAAAUGCUGAGUGAGGAAGAAGAGGAUAUUGAGGAGGAGGAGCAUGCAGAAGAGGAACAAAUGGAAAAAGAAAAGGACGAACAGGUUAAAAGUGAAGGAAGGGACGAGAGUGAGGAAGGAGGAGUAGGCAGAGAGAAGGAGAAAGAAAAAGAUGUAGAGGCAGAGCAGGAGGGAGAAGAUGAGCAAGAAAAUGAAGAAGAAAGGGAAGAAAGGGAGGAUGAAAGAGAUGAAGAUGAAGAGGAAGAGUUAGAGAAAGUGUUGGCAGGGAGGGAAGAAGAAGACGUAUCAGGAGAACAGGAGGAGGAAGAUGUGAAUGAAAUGAAAGAGGAGGUGCAGAAGGAUGGAAUGGAAGAGGAAGGAGAGGAAGAUGGGGAGAAUGAAGUGGAAGAGCAAGGAGAAGAAGAGGAGGAAGAGGAAGGAAUAGAGGUAGAAACAGAAGGGGAGGAGGGGGAAGGAGAAGAAAACAAGGGUGAAGAAAAGGGGGAAAAGGAAGGAGAAGAGGAAGAAGAUGGAGAAGAGGCGGAAGAAGAGGGAGAAGGGGAAGAAGCAGAAGGAGAAGAGGAAAUGGAGGAAGAAGGUGAAGAGGGAGAGGAGGAGGAAGAAGAGGAGGAGGGAGAGGAGGAGGAAGAAGGGGAGGAGGGAAAGGAGGAGGAAGAAGGGGAGGAGGGAGAGGAGGAAGGAGAAAGGGAAGAGGGAGAAGAGGAAGAAGAGCAAGAGGGGGAGGAGGAGGAAGAAGAGGAAGAGGGAGAAGAAGAAGAAAAAGAAGAAGAAGAAGAGCAGGAAAAAGAAGAGGAGGAAGAAGAGGAAGAAGAAGAAGUGGAGGAGGAGGAGAAAACAAAACACAAAAAAAAGAUUGAUAGUAAUAACCUUCCACAGAAGAAAAGCAAAAACAGCAGGAAGCCAGACAAGACAGAAAGUACUGCUAUGCCAAACAGCUCUAAACAAAAAAUGAAGUCCAAACACUGUGUAGCAAAUGGAUUACAUAAUUCAGAACAAUUUUGGAACAAUGUACUACCUCAUUAUUUAACACUGAAGUAGCAUGUGGACUACUAGAGAUGCAUUUUAAGCCUAUUCAGGGUGCUUUAAAACUAUUUUAGAUUGAUUUUUAUUACUUUAAAAAUUAUUUUUAAAAGUCGUCAAAAUGUAUUAUUAUGCACAUACUUUAAGUGCCAAUUCCUUGAAAGAGAAUGGAGAAAAUAUUUAGAUUUAGGAAACUUUUAUGAGACAAAAAUGAUAUAAACUAUUGAUACAGUCAUCUUUAUCAUAUACAACACUGUUGCAGAUUUAAAAAUAAUUGCUGAGGAGGCAAAACAUGUUUGCCUCUAAAUUAUGAUUUCACACUAACAACAUAAACUAUGCAUUGUAGCAGUGUAAUCUUCUCUGCCUUUUAAUCAGGUUUCUUAAGGUAAUACUUCAGUUUUAGUUACAGGAUAGCUAACUUGUCAAUGUGCCUCAUAUGAAAUGAAUAUCAGUAAAUCAUGAAAACUACAUAUUUUUAAUAUUUGGCACCAGUCCAUAUUCUUCCCCUCCUCUUUUCCACUGUUCAUAUAUAGGUAAGAUGUUGUUUGAGCACUCAGUGUAAACUAAAGAAAGGACAGGAUGCCAAACGUACAUGGGUCAGUAGAUGGAAGGUAAAUGCAAAUAUAGGCAUUGGUAAAUGGAGGUUUGAGUUUUUUCAAAUUUCUUAAGGUCGACUUCUUAUUUUAGUGUCAAAACACAAUAAUUACAUGCAAAAAAGAUGAACAUCGUGUCUCAGAAUCUGGCCUAGAUUGCAUUAUAGUCAGAAUGCAUCCAUUUAGUGAUAAUUUUUUACUGUCACAUUUGGUGCUUAGACAUAAUUUAAGAGCUUAAAAUAUACACCUGUAAAACAUUAUUUACUUGUAUAUACUCUGCAAUACAGAAGAGAUUCACCAUCGACCCAUGAAAGUCUGUUACAUGCAUCUUUCUUUAGUCAUCUUUCUCUAAGACUACCAGAAGGGGACUAUAUUUUGUUGUGGUGUGAAGUUUAUAUGUGUCUUCAAGAUCAAAGCCUAAGCUUCUCCUCAUGGGAGGAGAUUGGUGUCUUUCCUUUCUAAAAGUCACAGGAGUGAUCUCCAGAAAGAAGAUAAUGUAGUAAACCAAGAAGCUAGAUGGAAUAGAAGAGAAACUAACUUGAAAUUCUAAACUCUUUUUGAGAAAGAGUAUGUUAAUGUUUCUGUUUCCUUAAAAUAUAUAAAAAGAACUUAUUUUCUUAAUAGCAACAAAUCUUGCAAAUUGUUUUUAAUAUGAUUUUGUGACUUGUAAAGAUAUUGCUUUACUGCUAUAGUGGUUGAACUGGUAAAAGAAGGAAUAUGGGCUCUUCUGUCAUUCAGUAUUUUUAUUUUAAUACUGUGCUGAUGGGUGUUCUAAGAAAAUUUCUUAAGCAGAUCUCAGCAUCAGCAUUCUCUGGAAAAAUAAUUAUUUAAAUCGUAUUUGAAAAUGAGGACAAGAGAAGAAAGAAAUCAAAAUGAGCAAAUGCCACUCAAUAAAAACGUUAAUAGAUCAAAACUUAAGCUGAGAUUAUGAAUCAUUUUGAAUGUUGUUUUGUAAGAUACUGACAUUAAAAUAUCUUUGGCACAAUGUCUCCAGAAUUUAUUUUCUAAAAAGGCUACAGUAGAUCAGUAGUUUACCAGUAGAUUCUAGUGCAACUCAACCCUUUCUCAGUCACCCCUUCUGUUCACCACAUUUGA